UAGUAAAGUGUGUUGUAGUUGUUGGAUUAUUGAUUUAUCAAUUAGUCGGUAAACAUGGCACCCGCUCUAAGUAAACUACGCGAACAUCAAAGUGCCAUUGUGGGCCUAACAGGCAUUUCAGCCGCCCUCUGGAUUAUAGCCUAUGGCAAAAUGAGCAACAAACGCAGAAAAAAUGGCUUCGAUGAACGCGUCCAAUACACAAUCACAGAGAAAAAGGAUAAGAAACCACCAAAGGCCCACGUAAAUGCAUUAUUCUUCAAACAGCUGAGACAAAUUCUGCCCAUAUUGAUUCCCAGUUUUUGGAGUAUGGAAAGUGGCCUCUUAGUCCUGGUGGCCGCCUCACUUGUUGGUCGAUCGGUCAGUGAUAUUUGGAUGAUUCAAAAUGCCACAGUUGUGGAAAGCACAAUUAUCCAUAUGAAUAAACCCGCCUUCCAAAAAGCUUUAGUUAAAUACUUAGCAGCAUUGCCAAUGAUUUCUGUUGUAACCAACAUUUUGAAAUGGAGUUUAGGUGAAUUGAAAUUACGGUUUAGAACGAAUUUAACACAUCAUCUGUACAAUAAAUACUUGAAUGGUUACACCUACUACAAAAUGUCCAAUUUAGAUAAUAGAAUAGCCAAUGCCGAUCAAUUGUUAACAACGGAUAUAGAUAAGUUUUGUGAAAGUGCCACAGACUUAUAUUCGAAUAUCAGUAAACCGAUAUUGGAUAUAUUCAUUUAUGUUUAUCGUCUGACCACAACAUUGGGCGCCAAGACACCCUCAAUCCUUAUGGUCUAUUUGGUGGUUGCUGGUGUUUUCCUUACCCACUUGCGCCGUCCCACUGGCCGUCUUACCGUCGAAGAACAAAAACUGGAAGGUGAAUUCCGUUAUGUUAAUAGUCGUUUAAUUACAAAUUCCGAGGAGGUAGCCUUCUAUCAGGGUAAUUCACGUGAAAAGUUAACGCUGUUGGCCAGCUAUUCGAAAUUACGUUCACAUUUGCGUAAAUUUUUGGAAUUCCGCGUUGGCAUGGGUAUUGUGGAUAAUAUUGUGGGGAAAUAUUUUGCAUCUGUUGUUGGUUUCUAUGCUGUGUCUAUACCAUUCUUUACACCCAAUCAUCCUUUGUUGUCGGGAGAAAAUAGUGGAAAACGUUUACAGGCUUACUAUACAUACGGCAGAAUGUUAAUUAAGCUUGCAGAGGCUAUUGGUCGUCUUGUAUUGGCUGGUCGUGAAAUGACUCGUUUGGCUGGUUUCACUGCACGAAUGACCGAAUUAAUUAAGGUAUUGAAUGAUCUCAAUAAGGGUACCUAUGAACGUACUAUGGUCAACAAUGCUCUAACGCAUGAAACUGGUUUUGGCCCAGGCAAAGGUGAAAUGGUGUUUGUUGACAAUAUUAUUAAGUUUGAAAAUGUUCCAUUGGUGACGCCGAACGGUGAUGUUUUGGUUAAGAAUUUAACAUUUGAGGUUAAAUCUGGUACAAAUGUUUUGGUGUGUGGACCUAAUGGCUGUGGUAAAUCUAGUUUAUUCCGUAUUUUGGGUGAAUUGUGGCCAACAUGGGGUGGUAAAGUUGUCAAACCAAAUCGUGGCAAACUUUUCUAUAUUCCCCAAAGGCCUUACAUGACACUGGGCUCGUUGCGUGAUCAGAUCACCUAUCCCCAUACACGUGAAGAUAUGCGUCGUGCCGGCAAAACUGACGAAGACAUUAUGCAAUAUUUGGAUAUUGUACAAUUGGCAUAUUUGGAACAACGUGAAAAUGGUUUGGAUGCCAUUGAAGAUUGGAUCGAUGUGUUGUCGGGUGGUGAGAAGCAACGUAUUGCCAUGGCUCGUCUCUUCUAUCACAGUCCACAAUUUGCCAUUUUGGAUGAGUGUACAAGUGCUGUAUCUGUCGAUGUGGAGGGUAAAAUGUAUAGUUAUUGUCGUGAGGCUGGCAUUACCCUAUUCACAGUGUCGCAUCGUAAAUCCUUGUGGGUUCAUCAUGACUACUAUUUGCAAUUUGAUGGUCGUGGUGGUUAUGAAUUCGGUCGCAUCGAUCAGGAUAAAGAACAAUUUGGUUCAUAAAUAAACACACAAAU